AUGUGUGCCAGUGGGUGGCUUAACAAUGCACAACAUGGGGGCAUUGUUUGGACAAACUGGUCGCAUCAUGUCGCAUCAGAUCACGUCAAUUGGCAAGGUCCAGGACUCGAUGUGUCCGCGGAUCCUCAUCGAUGCUCAGAUGAGCAAAGAAUCAGGUUGAAUGCUGAAGAGGGCGCUUUGUGCAUUGACCAGGAGGCCUGCACAGAGGCUUGUCGAGCACGACAUGAUUGCCAUCAUGUUCAAGUGUCGAAUACAGGCAAUGCCCUGUGCUAUUUGAAGCCGCUGUCUUGCGAACUUUCCGAAAAAUGGCAUUUCAGUUCCCAGUACUUUGCCGUGGUAAAGGGCCAACUGCCCAAAGGAUGUCCUGCUAAGCCACGUCCGAUGUUGCUGGGACCAGCUGCACCAGCUGCCUCAACCUCAACAUCCACUCCACAGGGAACAUUGAACCCUGAAGAUGGGAAGCUUUACGUCAUCCACACCCCAGCACCCGGCGCUCUGCCGAUUGCAGAGGAGGGGCCAUCAUGGUCCAUCACGAUGACGUUGCACACUCCUGCGCCAUUGACUUUGGCAGAAAAGGUCUUCCAAUCGGAGCCUGCGGUCAGUCCUCCAGCGGGCACCCAGGGUGCCUGGAGCGAAGCCACAGCUUCCGAGGCCACUUCAGUCGGCCAUGGCGCUUCGCAAGUUCAUGCCGUCACAGUGACACCGCUGCCAGGGACGAUGGCCAGAGGAUGUGGCACCUGCUUCGCUUGGGGCACAGAAUCCUUUUUUUGUUGCACAACAGUUUGCGCCAUCGGCGCCUCGCCGGACUUUGCCAUUGAUGAGUUGGAAGAAUUGGGGAUCGCAAGGCAGCGGAUCCAGCAGUUUCUAGACAGUGGAAGCAGCCAAGAGAACAUGGAAUGGCUGGGAAACGAAUAUCGGAAUACCGUCCGAUCCUUGGCACCUGAGAUGGGUGUUGCAUGGCUCAAGGUCUCCAAGGGCGUUUACGCCUUGGCUCGUCCCAGCAGCGACGCCUCGCUGCCUGCGCUGCGGCAGCGCCUGGUGGACGAGGUGCGACGGAUCUGCGUCAAGGCCGGCGGAUCCGUCAGGGCCACCUGGCUGCUGCGAGAGCUGCCACAGGACCUUUGGGUUUCCGCCACCGCAACGUUGAAGCUGCGCAACAUCAAAUCACUACCGGAGGUUUGUCGCCGAGAGUGCGAAGCUGCUGAGCUGCGACUGAGCAACGGCCGCUUCAAAGUGGGGGAUGUGGACGAUUACCAGGACGCUCUCCACGUGCACUUCGAUGCGACCCACCUGGCUGCAGCUGUUGGGACCUUGUCAGCCCUGCAACUUCCACGACGACGCCAGGUGUCACGGCAGAUCGCUGGAGUCGACUUCCUUCAGCAGCCGUGUUGCUUCAUGGGGCCCCAGGAGCUGCAGAUGGAACAGCAACGACCUGGUUAUGUCGAGAUGCAGCCGUUGCGGCAACAUCUUCCAGCCUAUCAGAUGGCAGAUGAGAUCUGCCAAGCUGUACGUGACCAUCAGGUGACGUUGAUUUUAGGAGCAACGGGCUGUGGAAAAACGACCCAAAUUCCUCAGUUUCUGCUGGAGGACUGCGCCUCUCGUGGUGAAAUCUGUCGCCUGGCAGCCACGCAGCCGCGGCGCAUCUCUGCUGUGUCUGUGGCAGAUCGGGUGGCUGUGGAGCGAGGUGGACAACUGGGGGAUACCGUGGGCUUCAAGAUCCGCUUUGAGGACAAAGUCACUGAGAGCUGCCAGGUAGUCUUCUGCACCGUGGGGAUCUUGCUGAAGGUGAUGCAAAGCAAUCCCACCCUCAAAGGUGCUACCCACAUUGUGGUAGAUGAAGUGCAUGAGAGGGGUCUACACACUGACUUUCUCUUGACCUUGUUGCGACGAUUGCUGCAUGAUCGUCCUGACCUUCGCCUCAUUUUGAUGUCUGCAACUGUGGACCCUUCAGCGUUCCAAGAGUACUUUGAAGGCAUCCACACGGUGAGCAUCCCUGGAAAGACGAAUUAUCCCAUCCAGGAGAUGUUUCUGGAGGAUUUUCUGCAUGCCUUGCCAGACCUCAACGCCUGGCGUUCCAGCGGCUCGGGUCGCAGCUCGCCCUUCUCCCAAGGGCCGCUGCCGGGAGUUCCCUUAAACCCACGCUCCGUGGCCGAAGCCUUGCCACAACUGAGCCAGGCACAUGUCCAGGAUGUGGUCCGGGUGCACAACGAGAAGGCUGAUUCGAUCGACUUCGAGUUGGUGCUUCAGGUGGUUGAAAUGAUCCAUCGUGAAGGUGUUGAGGGUGGCAUCAUGAUUUUUAUGCCCGGGUGGUCGGAGAUCAGCAACGUCUUGGAGCGCUUGGGGAAGGUGAACUUCGCCCAUCAACUCCAGGUCCACGCGCUGCACUCGCGGCUACCCAGCUCGGAACAGAAGCAGAUUUUCCAACGACCACCGCUGGGGAAGCGCAAGGUGGUGGUGGCCACCGUGCUGGCAGAGACCUCCAUCACCGUUGAGGACGUGGUCUUUGUGGUAGAUGCGGGACGCAGCCGUACGACCUUCUUCAACGAGCAGACCAUGAUCUCGGCGCUGCGCACGGUGUGGUAUUCCAAGGCCAACGGCUUCCAAAGACGAGGUCGAGCCGGGAGAUGUCGUCCAGGCGUGUGGUAUCGGCUCUAUACGAAACUGCAGUGGGAGGCCAUGGAUGAGUACGAACUGCCUGAAAUGCAACGCUCGCCUCUGGAGGAGCUGUGCUUGGAGGUGGCAUCUUUACAGCUGGGUGCGCCCGAAGACUUCCUGCAGGAGGCCAUUUCCCCACCAGGGGCUGAUGUGCUGCGGCACGCUGUGACCAUGCUGGAGCGUCUGGGUGCUGUCAGUGAUAACACUGGCGCAGAGGUGACUCCUCUGGGUGCCAAGUUGGCCAAGUUGCAGGUGCAUCCAAUGCUGGGGAAGAUGCUGCUGUUGGCCGCGCCAUUCCGUUGCUUUGAAAUGAUGCUGACCAUUUGUGCUUCCUUGGGUUAUAAGUCGCCGUUUGUUUGCCCAUUAGGCAAGGAGAAGGAAGCCAACAAAGCUCGAGUAGAACUGUCCCAGGGAUCCAAAUCAGACUUGGUGGCGCUGGUGAACGCUUAUGAGGGCUGGAAGGUUGAAAGGGCAUCCUUUGCUUGGCGCUACUAUCUGUCGAAAGAAACCAUGGAAUACAUCCAUCGUCUGCGCGAGGAUCUGCGCACGAGCGUCCGCGAGGUGCUCCACAACGUCCCGGAGGAUCACGUGGAUCCCGUGGCGCGGGCGGAGGCAGUGAAGGCGGUGCUGACCGCUGGACUUUUCCCCAACUUGGCGUGGCUGCACCGCUACGGCAAGGGCCGCACAAUCCAAAAUCUGCCGGUGAAAGCACAUCCAGGGAGUGUGAAUUCUAAGGAAGGUCAUAGCCUUGUGGUGUUCUACGAGAUUCAGGAGACUAUGGAUCGAUAUUUGUAUGACUCCACUGUGAUUGGCGCAGCCCCGUGUCUACUUUUUGCACCUUCCUUGAAGGAAAUCCAGCGCAAACAACGCGCCAUUUUUGAGUUGGAGACCUGGCAUGUGGCCGUGGACCUUCGUGUGGCUGAUGAGCUGCUAGCGUUGAGGCCCUUGGUGGCUGACUUCGUCAACGCCGUGGUGGGCGAACGCCUGGGCGAUGUGCAGCUGGAGGCGGCCGAAGUCCUGCAGAAGCUCUUCGCCGAGCAGGUGGAAACCACUGGAGGAGACGAGGAGGAUGAAGCCGAAGCUGAGAAUGACGGCCCAGAUGAUGCUUGGGAUUCUGAACCUAGAGCCAAGCAUCAGAAAACGGCCAGCCGUGGAUGA